AGGUGUGACUGUGAUGUCAAACAAAAGUCAGGUAGUCGGACGAAUAGGAAGCUGACGCGUGUGUUUUUGCGUUUCCCGCGUUAUUGACAGUUACACUGUUAAUAAACCUAUGCUCUAUUGAAGAAGGCUAAGAGGCUUCUUUUGCUUCUCUUAGAACUUUCCCCGCUCGAUGUUCUCCGCGCGACGAUUUUGAUAAACCCUAAUUCCCCAAUCGCCUAUCGUCAAUUUUCUGGGCGCGGGAUGAAGAUACAACCCGGCAAGAAGGCGAUUCAUCCUUUCAACGAAGUUGACAACGUUGAGGAAGACGGCGAUGACGAAUCUUCUUCAGAUGGCAAGCGGUUGUGGGAGAUCCGGGAAAAAGAAGAUCAGAAAUGGAUCGAUGAACAUGAGACAGAGGAUGGAGAUUUGGAUCAUCUGAAUAAUGUGAUUACUGAAACUGCCGAGCCGCCUCCUGAUUUGAUUAUUCCGCUGUUAAGGUACCAAAAGGAGUUUUUAGCAUGGGCAACAAAACAGGAACAAUCAGCUGUAAGAGGAGGCAUUCUCGCAGACGAGAUGGGGAUGGGAAAAACCAUACAAGCCAUCUCUCUUGUUCUUGCCAGACGUGAAGCUGCCAGGGCUCUGUUUAGAGAAACAAUGGGGCUCACCCUUGUAAUUUGUCCUCUUGUUGCUGUUUCUCAGUGGUCAGAUGAGAUUGAGCGGUGUACAUCCCCGGGAAGCGCCAAGGUCCUUGUAUACCAUGGGGCUAAGAAAGUGAAGAAUGCUGAAGAGUUCAAGAAGUACGACUUUGUAUUGACAACAUAUUCUACGCUUGAGAGUGGAUACAGGGGAUGCAUCGUGUCGUCCAAGACUGAACAAACAUUAGAGGAAGAUCAGAUUGGUAAAGUGGUCAGAGAGAAGCCUAUUUUUCACUCUAUUAGGUGGAAUCGGAUCAUUUUGGAUGAGGCUCAUAACAUCAAAGAAAGACGUAGCAAAACUGCGAGAGCUGUUUUUGCUUUGGAGGCUAAGUACAGAUGGGCUUUGAGCGGUACCCCUUUCCAGAAUAAUAUUGGAGAGCUUUAUUCUCUGGUUCGCUUUCUGCAAAUUCGUCCAUACUCGUAUUACCUUUGCAAGGACUGUGACUGUGAACUUCUUGAUUUCCCUACGAAUUCAAGGUGUCAGUGCUCUGAUAACGCAUGGCGACAUUUUUGUUGGUGGAACAAGAACUUUGUGAAUAUGAUCAAGGGAAACGCGGAACGAAUAAAGCGAGCCAUGAUAUUUCUUAAGCACAAAAUUCUGAAAGACAUCCUCAUAAGACGUACUAAAUUGGGCCGGUCAGCUGAUCUUGCCCUUCCUCCUAGAAUCAUCACUCUAAGGCGGGAUGCACUAGAUAUAAAAGAGUUUGAUUACUAUGAAUCACUAUACAAACAGAGUCAAGCGCAAUUUAAUACGUAUGUUGAGGCUGGGACAUUGAUGACUAACUAUGCACAUAUAUUUGAUCUUCUUACCCGUCUUAGACAGGCUGUUGAUCAUCCAUACCUUGUGGUGUAUUCACAAUCUAGUGGUGCCAAUGCUAACUUGAAUGAUGAGAACAAAAAGGAGAGCGAAUGCGGUCUCUGCCACGAACCGGCUGAGGACAGCGUUGUGACUUCUUGUGCGCAUGUGUUCUGUAAAGCUUGUUUGAUUGAUUUCUCUGCAUCCCUGGGAAAAGUCAGCUGCCCGACAUGCUCGAAACUACUGACUAUGGAUUUGACUACCAACGCUGACACAGAGCAACAGGCGGAAAGCAAGACAACACUUAAAGGAUUGAGAGCCUCAAGCAUUAUGAAUCAGUUAAAGCUCGAUGAUUUCCAAACAAGUACAAAGAUAGAGGCUUUGAGGGAAGAAAUCAGGCUCAUGGUUGAAAGAGAUAGGUCUGCCAAAGCAAUUGUUUUCAGCCAAUUCACAUCAUUUUUGGAACUGAUAGACUACACCCUCGGGAAGUGUGGGGUUAGUUGCGUUCAACUGGUGGGAACAAUGUCCAAGGCAGCUAGAGAUGUUGCCAUCAAUAAAUUCAGAGAAGAUCCAGAUUGCAAAGUUUUCUUGAUGAGUAUGAAAGUUGGAGUGGUUGCUCUCAACCUAACAGUUGCCUCGCAUGUGUUCAUUAUGGAACCGUGGUGGAACCCAGCGGUUGAGAGGCAAGCACAAGACAGAAUACAUAGGAUCGGACAGUACAAGCCAAUCAGGGUUAUGAAAUUCAUAAUAGAGAACACAGUGGAGGAAAGGAUUCUGAAGCUUCAAAAGAAGAAGGAACUUUUGUUUGAAACGACCGUUGAUGGUUCUCAGCGGGGCAUAGGAAAGUGGACAUCUGAAGAUUAUAAGUUUCUGUUUACCACCUAACUGAAUCUAUCAGAAUAUAAACGUUUUUGUAUGUGGGAUCAUAAGACAUUUGAUGAUGACUCAUCUAUGAUUUGAUACUCCCUUGCACGAGAUUACAAUAUUUCUCUGAUGAAAUCAAGGUUAAGCGUGUCCUUGACAAUGAGAAACAAACCAAGAAAUAUCACAAGCAAGAUUCCAGACGACAUGAUCCCUUGUUCAACCUCUAACGGUAGCUUCCUCCCACCUCGAACCGCCUCCAACAAGAUCAAAGCCAAUGUUCCGCCAUCUAGAGCCGGUAACGGCAACAGGUUGAUCACCGCAAGGUUUAGAUUCAGCAAUGCCGCAAACUGGUAUAGCCCGUCCGCGUUUGAUUUCGCUACUUCAGCUCCAACCGCAAUGAUGGCAACCGGACCAGCGACUUGGCUAGCGGUUUGAGAGAAGUUGAGGAAAGUCUUUUUCAAACUGUCUAAAACAUUGUAAGAGAGACCAAAGAACUCUCUACCGACGAAACUAAAAGUCUCUGUUACGUUCUUCGGUUUCACCUUUGAGAAUCUCACGUUCGGUGAUAGCUGAACACCGAUUCUCCCUGUCCCGUCGAAACUCUUAUCAGGUGUGAUCAUGAUAUCGAAACCUUCUUUACCUCUCUGGACCCUUAGCAACACACUGCGAUUCGGAUUGCUCUUCACGACGUCAACAACCUUGGAAACGGAGUCAGAGCCGUAGCUGGAGAGCUCACUGCCAUCAACGGCUAAGAUAACGUCUCCAGGAAGCAAUCCAUCGCGAGAACCAGCAGAGGAAGACUUAACGUCAGGGACAAGAACUCCUGGAAAGGCUUCUUGAACCGGUAAGCCAACGAAGACAACUUGAGCAAAGAUUAUAGCGUAAGCGAAGAUCACGUUAGCUACGAUUCCAGCUGAGACCACAACCACUCUGUCCCAAAUAGGUCGGUUCUUGAGGAGGUUUUUGUCGUCCAGAGGGAUUCCACUGUUUGGAUCGUUGUCAGGGAAUCCGACAAACCCGCCUAGAGGAAAAGCUCUAAGAGAGUAUUCCACGUUGUUGGAAUUGAACUUAGCUAGGAUGGGACCGAAACCUAUCGCGAACUUGCUGACGUGGAUGCCUUGGAGAUGAGCGGCUAAGAAGUGACCUGUUUCGUGGACGACUAUGAUCGCUGUGAGAACAGCUGAAGCUUCGAGAACUGACUCGAAACUUCCAAUAUCGAAUCCGGCGAGAGCUCGUGGUUUAUAACUGAUCCUUUCACCAUCGUAUGGGUUUCAUUUGUUUCUGAAGAAAGUGAAGGAAAGGUGAGAUUUUGGGAGGUGGGUUUUGGAUGGGUUGUUUAGCUUGGAGAGGAAGCUAGGUAUUCGAUGAGAAAUUGGAGCGGAUGAGAUGUUUAAUAGCAUUGUUUCUUCGUGAGGUUUGGAGAUUUGAGAGUACGGAGAAGAGAAAGUAUAGAAGCCAUUGAAAAACAGAGGAGAUAAAGAAAAAACAUGUAUGGCUCCGUCUCUUGUAUGUGGAUGGGAUUAAAGACACAAACUACACUCCUCUUAAUUGGUUUUGGUAACAAAAUAAAUACUCCCUCUGGAUUUGAAUAUAUGAUGUUUUAGUUUUUUUUUCUUGUAUACAAAUGUAUGAUGUUCUACUUUUCAUUAAUGCAUUUUGCGUUUAAAAUAAAAUGUAAAAAAUAUAAGUGGUUGAAUUU